CUGGACUCCUCUGGUUGAUGUUCAAACUCAUCGUUGCUGACGCGCUCAAGUUGGCGCGUUCUUGUCUGAAGUCGGAGGCCAUGGCGGCGGGUGCAGGGAAGAAGGAAGCCCCGCUUAGACAUCAGUUCGAGAGAGAGAGAACUAGUUAGGCGAAAGGCAGGUACUGACCACUGCGGAGGCGUGAAGAGCUGCGGAUGUGGUUCUCUGCAGAGUAGGUCCACUACAGACCACGUGGUCAGGCGCUCCCCGGCGCACCGGCUUCUCUCCAGCUGAGAUGGAAACGAGGACUGCGCGAGCCCAGAGUCGGACACGGGACCAGUCCUGUUUCUGGAUGUAACCUCUGUUUCUCUCGCUUCCCUCCCGCGGUUGUCUCGCUAGCGUCCGCGCCAUGGCUUGGCCGUGCAUCAGCAGAGUCUGCUGCCUCGCUCGCUUCUGGAACCAGUUGGACAAAUCGGACCUGUCCGUCCCGCUCACCGUCCAGAACUACUCGGACAUCGGCGAGCAGGAGGUUCGGUCCGUCGCCAAGCAGGUGCUGGCGUCGGAGCGAGCCGACGGCGGCGGGAGCCGGGAAGGCUCCAGGGAGCCCGGCCGCGCGCCCCGGGGAGAGCGCCACCCUCGCGGCGCGCCCUUCUCCGGCGUCACCCAGUACAAGCAGGACUUCAAACCCUGGCCCAUCCCCAGGAAGGAGAACUUCCCCUGGAUCGGGACCGGCGCCAGCACAGCGGUGUCGCAGGAGAACCCGGGGAAUCGGUCCGGAGAGUCCGGGGAGGAGAGCAGGACCAGCUCCUACAGGCAGGAGUACCGACCCUGGACUGGAGUCCGACCUGCUAAAAGCGCCAAAAAACCCACCGGACUCCCCGGAACUCACUCCGGAACCGAGGCCCCCCUUCUCCCCCCUGAGACCAGCUAUCAGGCAGCGUUCAACGCCGGGAGCCAGAGGUCCGCGGGGCCGCAUCACAGCGGGAACUGCGUCCAGUCUGAGCCCACGGCCCUCGCCCCCGUCUCCUCCGACGCCCACCCACCCGAGGCCGCACAGAGAGGAGAGGAAAACCUGGUACGGACCAAGUUUCCCCCGAACCCUUCAGCUGUCUUUCAAAGCGGAUCCAGAGGCUGCAGUCACUGAUCGGAGCCGGAAUGGUUUCAGUCGGUCUCACAACACCAGAAUCUAUGCAAUUGAACGCAUCACAGAGAAGGAAGGACAGGUAGCGAGAGACGCCCCACUUUCCACGCGUCUCCAGAGCGGUUGAAUAUGCAUGAUGUAGUUUUUCAAACUCUCUGGCUGCGGCGUGAAUGAGUCAGUCCGCUCUUACGUGCUGUGAUGUGCAUCCUCAAGCGUAUCAUUCGUUGUUGUUGCUAGACAUCUGCUUGAACUAUUUCAAUUUCUUGGAUUAGCUAAAGUUGGGAAACAAUUGUUAAAAAUGUUUUGUAAAUUUUUGCUGAAAAAUUCCGAUGUAAAUAAAAUCUGUGACUAUAAAUCGGUGCGUUUCAGUCAAAGUGGAAGAAACAAGAGUUGAGACAGGAGAAUAUUUUCUCUGUUUAUUACAAGAAUAUUCAUUUUUUUAUAUUUUUGGUUUGCACUGAAAUUGAAAAUACAAUAUUUGCUAACCAUACACACCCAAAUUCCUUCGACCGGACAUGAACAAACACGCGCAUCUUAGUUCCCACACACGUUGGUCGCACUCAUCACAUUCCUUUGACACUUGACAAAGAAGCCAUGAUCCAGCGGGUUCGGUUCGGGGGGAAAUUUAAAAAUGGGACUGAAGAUUGUCCGUGUGAUCUAAGACAAGGUGGUUUCCAGGAAUUCCAGCACAAAUGACCUUUAAAAACUGUUAAAAAUCUUCAAUGGUGCCAUGUUAAAAAGCUGUUGGGUGAAUAAAGCGCUGAUCCUUGGUUGCCAUGGUGAUGAUGUUUAAAUAAGAGGCAGCUUGACUUGUACACAUACAGGUACAGAUAUUCUUCGCGUCAAACUCCUUCGCUGGUCAGAGUUGGACAGUGUGACACUGAAAUUCAGGCUGGUCAGAGGAACGCGCCUGGACAGGCCGUGGAGGAACCGCUCGCUUCCUCAGUCAGCUUCAUGUCGCCCGUCUCAGUCGUCCUUCUCCUGGUAUCCCAUGUGAGUGUUGGUGAGGAAGUCACACGUGGGGAUGCUGCAGAUGGCCUCGUGGAUGUUCAUGGCUGUGAUCUCUU